AUGAGUGAAUGCAAGCCAUUGGCUACACCAAUGGCACUUAAUGAAAGGCUAUCUAAAAACGAUGGCAAAGAGAAGGUCGAUGCAUCAAUAUAUCGAAGUUUGGUCGGCUCUCUCAUCUACCUCACACAUACUAGGCCCGACAUAGUAAAUGCUGUCAGCAUAGUAUCCAGAUUUAUGAGUGAGCCAAGUAAGGCUCACUUAGCAGCAACAAAAAGGAUUCUCAGAGGAGAAUCACAAGCUUACAGGAUACACAGACAGCGAUGGGCCGGAAGCAUUGACGAUCGGAAGAGUACAAGUGGAUACGUCUUCCAGUUGGGAACCAAGACUAUUUCUUGGUCAUCAAAGAAACAAGCUACAAUAGCUCUGUCAUCAGCGGAAGCAGAGUAUGUAGCAGCAACAAGUGCAGCAUGUGAAGCAGUAUGGCUUAGAAGAAUUCUCGAUGAUCUACAACAGACAUCAGAAGAACCAACAACUAUCUACUGCGACAACAUGUCUGCAAUAGCCAUGACAAAGAAUCCAGUCUUUCACAGUCGCACGAAGCACAUCGAGAUACGACAUCAUUUCAUCCGAGAGUUGGUCGACAAACAAAAUCGAGCUUCAAUUCUGCAAAACGGGGGAGCAGCUUGCAGACAUAUUCACAAAAGCAAUUCCAACUGA